AUGUCCAACGUGCUGUCGACAUCGAACAUCGCUGUGCCGGACCUGGAGACCCAUACACGGCCGCCGUGCGAGGAUCGGGCCCCCCAUGAUCCGCCGAACAAGGAGUCGGACUCGUACCAUCCCAAGAUCAUUCAUUGUUUCCUUGCAGGAGGAAUCGGAGGGAUGGUGGGAGAUUCGCUGAUGCACUCGCUGGAUACAGUGAAAACCAGACAACAGGGAGCCCCCCACGUCACUCGCUAUAGAAACACCGUUCCUGCAUAUUUGACCCUUUUGCGCGAAGAAGGGAUUGCCAGAGGCCUCUACGGAGGUUAUGGAGCCGCCAUGUUGGGCAGUUUCCCAAGUGCUGCCAUAUUUUUCAUCACAUAUGAGUCUGUCAAGAGAAUCGCGAUCGAUGAAUACGGAAUGAACGAGACUGCCACUUAUCUGGGUGCCGGAUUUCUUGGAGAUUUUGUUUCUUCCAUUUUCUAUGUGCCGUCUGAGGUGCUGAAAACCAGACUUCAGCUCCAGGGACGGUUCAACAACACGGUUUUCCAGUCGGGUUAUAAUUACACAGGAACGCUCAACGCUAUCAACACAAUCAUCCGCACAGAGGGCUGGAGAACUUUAUUUUACGGGUACAAGGCCACGCUCGUUCGAGAUCUGCCUUUCUCCUCGCUCCAGUUUGUGUUCUACGAGAAGUUUAGACAGUACGCUUUCAAGUUCUCAAACCGUUCCCCCGAACACGACCCGCUGUCGCUGCCGAUGGAGCUCCUCACCGGCGCGGCCGCAGGAGGUUUGGCCGGAACCCUGACCACUCCCCUGGACGUCAUCAAGACACGGAUGCAGACACAAAACAAGAACCACAAACCGCACGAACUGCUCACCUCCAACUCCAUUUUGCACGGACUAUCUACCGUCUAUAGAAACCAGGGCUUUGUUGGGCUGUUCAGUGGUGUUGGUCCACGGUUCAUCUGGACCAGUGUCCAAAGCAGUGUUAUGUUGUUGCUUUACCAAUUUUGUCUCCGCGCAUUAUCCACUGGUGAGUUUACUUUUGCAUAA